AUGACAUCCCAACCACCACCGCCGCUCGGCCUCCCGGCCGGCCUCAAUCCCGACGCCCUUGACACACUCUCUGACCUCGCAAGCGUCCUCACGCGCCUACGCGGCACAGGCGGGGGCACAUCGUCGACAUCCACACAGAACCACACCGCCGGGCCUUCCUCCACCACCAGCACCAUUACCGGUGCGACAACCUCUGGCAGUACCACCACCACCGCCGCCGGCGGGCCGCCCCUUGCCCUCAAAGACCUGCCGGGCCAGUCCGACCAGCUGCGCCACCGCUUCCAGAAGGCGCGCGCGCUGGUCCGCACGUUGCCGGACAUGGAGCGCAGCACGGCGGAGCAGGAGGUUGAGAUCGCCGCGCUCGAGGCCAAGAUUGCCAGGCAGAAGGAGACGCUCGAGAAGCUCAAGGCCCUGGGGAACAAGUUUGCCGCGACAUCACGUGACGACGGAGACGGAGACAGGAUGGAGGAGUGA